GGCUGCGUUAUUCAUCUAUUUAGCAAUCAAAAUAAGAUUCUCAGUCUAUUUUUCGUAGAAUAUAACUCAGCUUUACAAUUAACGUGUUUGAGUUGUACUAAACUUUGGCGAGAGAUACACGGUUUUCCUCCAAUGAUGAAAUACUUAAAUAUUUUUUUGCUCCUGCUGGGAGUAUAUAGUGUGGAUAUUUCAAGUACGGAACAUGUUAACUACAAAGGGCAUCAAGUCUGGCGAGUUAUUCCGAAAUCGAAAGAAGUAUUAGCAAUUCUAAGAGAUAUGGAAGAUGCGUUUGAGCUUGACUUUUGGUCGGAUCCAGUUGCGACUGGACGUCCUGUCGAUUUUAGAAUCGAACCGAAAUUUGCUCUGGAAAUUCAAGAUCAUCUCGAAAUGAAUGGAAUAUUUGAUUACACGGUUUAUAUAUCUGAUAUCCAAGAUUUAAUCAAUGAACAAAAAUCAUCUCGAAAAGCAUGGACAGCAACUGAAAAAGCCGUAGCUAGUAGCUUGGAUACAUUUGUAUAUUCCCAGUAUCACCCAGCAGAAGAGGUUUACGAAUGGAUGGACUUGGUAGUGGCAGAAUACGGAAGCUUUGUAUCAAAAGAACAGUUUGGAGUCACCUAUCAGGGCCGACCACUGUACGUUCUGAAAUUCCAUAAACCAUCUUCCAGUGGUAAUCCCAAGCCAACCAUAUUUGUGGAUGCUUUAAUUCAUUGCAGAGAAUGGAUUUCAACGGCAUCUUUGUUGUUUAUUUUUAAAGAGAUGCUGAGAAACCCCAAAUACACUCACAUGAUAGAUGAAGUAGACUGGUAUUUUGUGCCAAUGAUUAACAUUGAUGGAUAUGUGGAAACUUGGCUUGGAGACAGGCUAUGGAGAAAAACACGCAGUACCGGACCAGGCAGUCUCUGCACUGGUGUUGAUGGAAACCGUAACUGGGACAACCAUUGGUCGUAUCCUGGAGCAUCUGGUAUUCCAUGCUCUUACACCUACUAUGGCCCAAUGCCUGCAUCAGAGUCAGAAAUUCGUCAUCUUCAAAAUUAUAUUAUGGGAGUGGGAAAGGGAAAUAUUGGGGCUUAUGUUACCACACACUCAUAUACUCAAUUGAUUUUAUACGCUUAUGGUUGGACGGAAGAGCUUCCUCCUGAAAAUGAAGAGUUGAACGCAACCAGCAAGCUCAUGCACGACGCUAUAAAAGCCGUACAUGGAAAGUAUUAUACAUAUGGACCAAGCGCAAUUACUAUUUACGUCAGCUCUGGAGACACAGCGGAUUGGACUUACGAGGAAAUGGGGAUCGUUCACUCUUAUACAUUCGAGCUUCGAGAUGAGGGAAGAUAUGGAUUCCUUCUUCCUCCCGAUCAAAUAAUUCCAAAUGGAGAGGAAUAUCUUGCUGGAUUAGAGGUCUUAUCCAAUUUCGUAAGAGACGACUACGAAGGUUCUGGAUUUUAGAGAGCAAAUAAAUUUUGGUUCUAUAAUUCAUGUAUGACAAAUUAUAAAUUCUAAUUGAAACUGCAGACGACCAUAUUUUGUUCAUUCCUUUUCGAUAAAAAAUAUAUAUUAGAUUUCAACGAAAUUCUUAACUACAAUUCUCUUGAAGUUUUGAAUAGCUUUCAUCCAUCGUUCAAAGUGCUAGUCAUUUCAUAGUGAGAUUUAAAUUUAAAAAUUACAUCACAUAUGGUUGUAAUUCAAAUUAGGAAAACUGAAUGCAUAAAUAUAUUUAACAUUUUUAACCUUGAGAAAUUGGAUAAGUCUAACUGGCGAAGCGAAAACUUUUUGAUAUGCCAUUGUGAAGAUAAUCAUGUACUGGCAAUCAGAUAAGAAUAGCUGAUGUGCCAUAAUUUGACAGCAGGGUACCUAUUGUCAACAGAAUGACAAUUUUGUUUCAAAUCGACGAAAAUCUGUAUUAUAAGUCACACGAAAUUCUGCGCAUUCCGCAAUCACACUUCUCUCAUACUUAAUAUUUAAUUAUAUUGUUUUUGGUUGUAAUAUACAUUC